UUUAAAAUAUUUAAUCCUAAAAUAAAAUUAUAUGAUAUAUUUUUAGGCAAAAUGACCUUGCGAAAAGACAUAAAGGGACUACCACUACCAAAUUUAUCAGCAGAAGGGAUUCUAAGCAAUGAUGAGGAGGCACUAACAAAAUGCCAGAGAGAAUGUAUAGGUAGACUUGGUAUUUCUAUGCAGCUAGAGCAAGAAGCCUACUUAUCAAGACAUCCCGAGGUGAAAGCAUUACUUGAAAUAUUCGUUAGUAAAAUGGUCAAAAGUAAUAAAAGGAAGGGAAUAUUAAAAGAAGCUGCAGAUCACUUCACUAGACCUAUUGAAGAAAUUGAUUUAGAAGUGAGGCAAAAUCUUGGUAUAAUGUCGACGGAACCAUACACCACGAAAGAAAAGCCCAGCUACAAUUUUGUGGAUGAUGACAUUAUGGCUGACUUACGGCAAAUAGUUAAUUUAAACUAUCCACCUGAGUUCGCCCCUGUUCCAUCACCAGUCCCUGGUACACCUGAUACUGUAUCCUCUUCUUUUAUAUCUAUAAGGACCUCAGAAACUACUCUACCAACACCAGAGCCAAUACCUACGCCUGAUCCAACAUUAUCGGAAAUUAUGUACAACGUUAUAUCAAACACAGUCGACAAAUCUAUAUUUCUACAUGUCAAUGAUGGACAGCUACGCUAUGACUUUGCAUAUGUAGAGCUUGCCAAAGCUGUAGAAGAAGCAAUGGAGAUGACUGUAGUCGAAAUCAAGGAGGACAUUGCUGAACUUUACUUUAAUGCUUACAAAAUGUUUGAAAUCAAUAUAAUGGAGAAGGAACGAAUUGCCGCUGAAAUCGCAUGGGAGAAGAGAAUGCGUAAGAAAAUGAAGAGAACCCUCAGGCGCCUUGAUAAUUUUAAAGGAUAUGAGACACCUCCAACGCCCAAGAGCACGAUAUCUUCUCACGAGAGUUAUAUCAAACCUCCGCCACGCCCUUGCUCUUGCCAUCCACAAUUUAAAUACAAUCGAUAUCCCAAGGAUAGAUUUGGUAUUUAUUUACCAAGUCAGUACGAAUACAGCAGGGGAAACGUGACUGUAACACCAGCAAUUUCUUUGCAAGACACAGAGGAAGAUGCUGCUGACGUAAAAUCUAAUAUUAGUAAAAGAUCUGUAACGUCUACAAAAAGUGGUGUCAGCAAGAAAUCUCAAUACAAACAUUAAAAUUUAUUUUCACUUUAGUAGCACAAAAAACUAUGCGAAUCUAGCGUUCUAAUAAUAAUAUGUAGCCUGUACGUUUUCUCGACGUCUUAAUGUUAGUAUUCGUGCAAAAUUUAUCAUUACAUCUAUUCACUUAAUUUUGCAUUUUAUCCCGACAUACAUCCUGUAUGUGCGGAAAAAACGACAAAAAUAACAAAAAUUCUGUAAACUACUUUUUUGGCUUUAUUAUUGUUUGUAGAAUACACAGCAAGAAUUCUAUUAAGAAAGGAUUCAAUGCACAUUUAUUGUUUUAUUAUUUGUAUAGCUCUAGGUAUGACCUAACAAUGUUAAAUAACAAAUUCUUAAGUACAGCGAUAUA